AUGAUGACCGUCUCUAGUGAUCCAACCGCCGGGGAAGCCCAUGGGUGUUCCUCAAGCCGUGUGCUCAGCGAAGAGAUCUCCUCGAAGGCGACGACAUCGUCGGACACAGGGGACUUCUUGAGCGCUCUCGAAAAAGUCGCGGAGGUCGAUAGCAAGAGUCCAUCUCGCGCGGGCAUUCCCUCUCUCGGGCCCAUCGGCGGACCCAUCGCCGCUGUGGUUGGCGUCGCCUUGGGCCUCGCGAGUAGAACGUCCGGAUCAAGCGGUCACGACCUGUCAACGAUAGAAAAAAGUCCGAGUACUCCGGAAGAAGUUGCUGCUCGUGCUAUCCUCGCCGAGGGCGCUUUACAGGCGGUGCUCGGCCUGGAUGCGGCAAAAGCGGCCGAUCUAGGGAUCCUAUCGAGGAUGCAGGAAAUCUACGAGAUGAACAAGGAAGCCGUCACCGCGUUCGCACCGGUCAUUGGACCAACGAUACUUGCUCAAGCAAUUCAACCGGCCCUCAUGGAAAUCGCACAUAAUGACCCAAUCGAAAUCAAAUUUCCCGAAACCAACAUCAGCUCGGCCGAUGAAGCUAUCAUGGCCAAUAUCGGCUUUGUUCAAGACCUCCAGCAAGCCGCACAGAUCCAUACGACUUCUACAGACGAAAAGGGCUUUUGGGAUAUAAUGAAAGUCGUGUCGAAAGUCGCGGCGGAGGCUCCCAAGAUGGCCGCCCAGGCAGCGAUUGAUCAAAUGAAGGGCCUAGCUUCCUCAAACGCACCACUUAUCCAAACGCAUGAAUUGUUGGCACUUGAGACCUUUGCCUUGAACCAAUCGUCGCCGAAUGAAAUAACUGCAAAUACUAUUGGGGCUGUUUCACCAGACCCCAAGGAAAAAGGCGGAACUUCCAUCGCGCCACAAACGUCUCUGCAAGACCAAAUCCAGCCGUACUUCGAGACGCUGCUUCAUCGAUCUCUGCUGAGCGAGGCAGCUCUAGACGCCGCCAUCAGCCUGCCAGAAGUCCGCACGCAAGGAUUCAUGGAUACGAUGGUGGAAAACAUCAGGAAGAUCGGUCCGAUUGUCAUCAAAGUAGCGCCGAAAGUUUUGGGCGCUGCAGACUAG